CCUAGCUCUGCUAUCGGCUGCCUAGUACUUAGCCCACACAGCUGAGCUGAAGCUGGCGCCAUUUGGGCGGCUUGGGGUUUCUAGGUCCUUGGCACCUGAAAGUCGACGAAAAUCAAGAUGGAUUAAGAGGGUAUUUUCCCUCUUCUCUUACUCUUUAGUUUCUUCGCUAUGCCUCCUGUUACUUUUCUGACCUUCUAAUUAUCCACGUGGUGGAUAUUUUGGUAAAAGUUGUGUCUAUAUUGUCUAUAGUCAGCUCCACUAGGUAACCUACUGUAGGUACCUACAAAUAUACUGGCCAAUAAGUUCAAGUAUAAUCUUUUCGAAAGCAAACUUUCUCUCUCAAAGCUCAAAUUAUAACGGCCUUUUGCGCAACGCACUGUGUCUACUCUCGUUGGAAAACUAGUACGCAAGCAAGUAAGCACGAAUUUGGUUCUGCCGUAGGAUGAAUCCUAUCACCUCCGGCAGUUCCUAGGGACAGCUAUAGCUAAAGCUACCUACCUACCUGUAACCCAGAGGAUACAGGGUCAUUAGAUCAGAUCGUCGGUCGUUUCAAUAGUCGAAUGCAGUGUACCUACCUAGGUGCCCAGUAGGUAUACUGAAAGGGCCCGUGGGUAUAUAUGAUGCAACCCAAUAACAAUAAUGGCCUACAACAACCGUUACCAAAUGGUAUCGCAACCCCCUGCGCAUUACCUGAAUCAUAAAGUAUCCGAUCUGUCCGACAGCCCGUACAAUAAUAAUGAUGAUCCUCCCUCGAGAAUCAGGGGCCGGGAAUCUCUCGUGUCACUUCAGUCGUCCUACGACCCCCCGCAGUACCGUCACACACCAGAAGAGAACGUCUAUGGGCCAGGGGUCUCGUACUCAUCCUCGUCAUACCAGCCCGCUUUGCUGCCACCACCGCCGCCGCCGCUACCGCCCCGCCGCUCCCCUUCUCACUUAGGCCGUUUCAGGAGCUUCCGUACCAGGGGCGCCUACGAAACGAUCCGCGAAGAUGAAAGCAUCGAUAUGUCGCUGUACAACGGGACAGCGCCAGCAGCGCAGCCUGGGCAAUCUACUCCAUUGUACGACCCCGUCUCCGGCCCCUCCCAUCCAAGCACACCGAUCGUCGACCUGACCUCCUUGUCCGGACCGAUGAGCGCACAGGACUACGAAUUCCUCAAAGCCCUUCAGGAACAGGAAGCUGGCGGUAAGUUGACAGGUGGGUUGGGAGAAGGCGUGGACCUAGGCCCGCGAACGCGGAUCCGAGGGGACCAGCUAGCAACAAGCUCAUCGACGAAACUCCGGCGGGGCUUCACGCACUCGUUCUCAAUGAAGAAAAGAGGAGCGCCUAAUAAUGCCUCGAAGUCAGGGGCGGCGGGACUGAAAGAGCUGGGGCAAAGCGAGGCGAAUAGGAGGGGUGAGGUGAUAGAAGUGGUGGUGGAGCCGACGGAUGUCGAUUUGAGUUCCAUGGUCGGACCUAACGCUGUCACGCUGAACCCGAAUCGGUUGUCACAGCUCUCGAUACAGGCGAGUAAGACCCAGGUGUUUUAUCCACAACCGGACUGGAAGCCAUUUACCAUGACAUGGCCGUAUAUAACCAGUCUGAUUCUCUUGUCUACUGGACUCGCCAUAGCCCAAGAGAUCCUCUACCAGAAAUCUGCCGAAAAGCCUCUCAUCACAUUCCAAAGCGCCAUCGACAUCGGCCCCGGCUUUUACUUCAUUAUCAAGUUCGUCCCGACCAUUAUCACUGUGACGUAUGGCGUGCUGUGGCAGAACACAGACUUUGAAGUUCGGCGAUUGGAGGCGUUUUAUCAGUUAUCCAAGGAAGGAGGGUCGCUGGCGGCAGAAUCGAUCAACGUUGACUACAUCACCUCGCUCAACAUCACGAGACCUUUCCGGGCCCUGCAGCGGAAGCAUUAUACGGUGGCAGUAUCGUCUCUAGCGACGCUUCUUGCUGUGUCCCUAGUCCCCACGCUAGGAGCCGCCGCACUUGUCGUGAGCCCGGACCGGGAAACGAGAUUGUUACAUCCAGAUGUUGAAAAAAGCAUUGCCAUAGACCCAGUCCUGUCUCGGCUACUGACUAUGUCAUUUUUCGUUAUGGCGGUCCUAGGAUGCGUGCUGUUUUACCAGCUCAACACCAGACGCUCAGGUCUGUUGUCUGACGUCAAAGGCAUUGCCGGGAUAGCGGCUAUUUCGGUGGCCUCUCAUAUUAUGAUGGAUUUUAGAGAUCUCGACGUAGCCAAGCCAAAAGAUAUCCAUCAUAAAUUAAGAAACCGCCGGUACGCGCUGCGUAACUCGUGUCUAGUUCCUGAAGAUUCGACGUCGGUGUCCUCUCUAAAUAGUGAAAAGGUCCAAAACACGUACCUGCCCGAGAAUCCGCACCCCCUGAUGUUACGGGCUGUAGGCUGUGUGCCAUUUAUUGUCGGGGUGUUGUUAUUCCUGGGAUUCAUCCCGGUGUUUCUAUUUACGCCGGCCAGCAUUCUAGCAAAUAGGGCCCCUUGGGUUAUCACCGCGCUUGCGGUUUGUAUCAAGCUGAGUUGGGGUAGUCUUGAGACCGCAAUCCGUAUGAUGGAGCCAUACUAUAUCCUCUCCAAGCGGCACGCCCCAGCCAAGACGCUUACACUCGACUACACCGCCAUGCCCUUUGCCGUGGUAGCCAUACGCGCUCUUUUAAACCGGCACUGGAUGGUCUUUCUAGUAGGCUGGGGCACGGUUAUGACAGAGGGACUUACUAUCCUCAUCACGAGUCUGGCCACUGUUGAAGGGCGGGAUUUCCUCGAUGUCUUAACCAAGGCUGAAGACAGUGAUAGUGAUGAGGACAGGCACUUUUUGCAGAAGGGCCUAGGUUCAGGAUCGGAGACGGUGCUGUCGUUCACAAUUGCGCUGGCCCUGACUGUCCUCAUCCUACUCUACCUCUGCGUAGUAGCCACAACGGUCUUCAUUCGGCGUAGGCACCCGUUCCUCCCACGCCAGCCUAACACGAUCGCUAGCGUGCUCGCGUUCGUGCAUCAGAGCAAGAUGUUGUACGAUUUCGUGGGCACAGCCAAGUACACCAACGCGCAAAUGCGCCAACGCUUGGAGAGUUUGGGGAAAACGUACGGUCUUGGCUGGUUUGAUGGGCGAGAUGGUCAGGCACAUGCUGGCGUUGACGAGGAGGAGCUCAUGGGGAAUUAUAAACAUGGAGCUGAGCAUUUCCGAGGCAACAAGCCUUGGCUUACCGAGUGGCAACAUUUGUGAGCACUCUGAGGGCACAUUGGGGUUUGUUUAGAAAUUCACGAUGGAAUUAUGGAGUAGAUAUAGGUAUGUUUAGCAGAUGAUGAAAAGGGCUACAGAUCAUUUUAUAAGGCGUGUCUAAUAGAGCAUACCUAGUAGGUACGAUGUAUGGAUUAUGAUGGAUACAUGUAAGACAUGAUGUCGGGUGUAGGUUAGUCAGGCAUCGGAUGUGUAUGUGUAUGAAUUGGAGUCGGUGAGGUGGAACAUUAAUGGCAUUGAAUGGAAUUAAAAAUAAUCGUCACAGUAACAUUGAACAUAAAUAUGUAAUUGGAUGAGUCAGCGAUACUUAGGGUAGGAACAAUGAACAAUGAAUAAUGAAGUUACUAACCUAGAUUCAAGUUGUCGUAUCUUGGAUUUUAAGUGCUGAUGGUUGUCCUUGCCGUUUGUGAUCUCAAGGAUUUGA